ACAGGUACCGCUGGUGGCUCAGGUGCCCUUACCGGGCAUCCUCCAGCAUUCUGGGCACCUGCCUACCCCUUGGUGGGGAGGCUGGCCACAGGCUGAGCACGCUCCGGGCUGGGUACUCCUCAGUCAGUCCGUGAGCAUCGCGUGGUAGAUUUUCACUUGGCCAGCCCUUCCCACACUUCUGGGCAUGUCAUCAGGAAGGUAAAACUAGGUUGGAGGUGGAGGGAGCACUUCUAACCUGGAAGAAUAUUGAAGACUUCACUGAAGAAGUGUCAUUUGAGAGGAGCUAUGGAAAGAAAGAUUGAAAGAAAACACAUUGAAUGAGGAAAAACUAAUAUACAGUCAUCAACAUCCUUGUAUAACCUAGUUUUUAAAAAACUGGAUUUCAAAGAAAACAAAAUUAUCUUCCUUUCCAAAUCCAAAAAGAUGAAAACGACUGAGAUACUUUCAAAAGACAACCAAGUGAGCACCACAGACUAAUGAGUAGAAUCAAUAAGAACGUGGUUUUGGCCUUUUUAACGCUGACAAGUUCUGCAUUUCUGCUGUUUCAGUUGUACUACUACAAGCACUAUUUAUCAACAAAGAAUGGAGCUGGUUUGUCAAAAUCCAAAGGAAGCCGAAUUGGAUUUGAUGGCACACAGUGGCGUGCAGUUAAAAAAUUUAUUAUGCUAACAUCCAACCAAAAUGUACCAGUGUUUCUUAUUGAUCCUUUGGUAUUGGAAUUGAUUAAUAAGAACUUUGAACAAGUCAAAAAUACUUCUCAUGGCUCCAUUUCCCAGUGCAGGUUUUUCUGUGUUCCAAGAGACUUUACUGCACUUGCACUGCAGUCUCACCUAUGGAGGAAUGAGGAAGGCUGGUUUCGGGUAGCUGAGAAUAUGGGAUUUCAGUGCCUAAAGAUUGAGAGUAAAGAUCCCCGGCUAGACAGGAUAGACUCCCUUUCUGGAACUGAAAUCCCCCUGCACUAUAUCUGCAAAUUGGCCACUCAUGCGAUCCACUUGGUAGUCUUCCAUGAGAGGAGUGGCAACUAUCUCUGGCAUGGCCGCUUGAGACUUAAAGAACACAUUGACAGUAAAUUUGUUCCCUUACGAAAGUUACAGUUUGGUCUUUAUCCAGGAGCUUUUGACAGGCCAGAGUCACAGCAAGUUACUGUUGAUGGACUGGAAGUUCUCAUUCCAAAGAAUUCAAUGAGCUUUGUAGAAGAAGUACCACACUGUAGGUUUAUUGACUGUAGAUAUAAAGAAGCUCAAGCAUUCUUUUAGCAGUACCUUGAUGACAACACUGUGGAAGCCGUGGUCUUUCGGAAGAGUGCAAAGGAAUUACUGCAACUAGCAGCGAAAACAUUAAACAAAAUGGGAGUACGAUUCUGGCUGAGCAGUGGGACUUGUCUAGGAUGGUAUCGACAAUGAAACAUUAUUCCUUAUAGCAAAGCCACCGCGCCUGGCGACCUAGGAAUUUUUAUACAAGAUUACAAAUCUGAUAUUAUUUUAGCAUUUCAGGAUGCAGGACUUCUGCUCAAACACAAAUUUGGGAAGGUAGAAGACAGCUUGGAACUAUCCUUCCAGGGAAAAGACGAUGUAAAACUUGACAUUUUUUUCUUCUGUGAAGAAACCGAUCACAUGUGGAACGGAGUCACUCAGGCCAAAACAGGAAAAAAAUUAAAGUACCUGUUUCCUAAGUUUACAUUGUGCUGGACUGAGUUUGUAGCUAUGAUGGUCCAUGUGCCCUGUAAAACCCUCGAAUACAUUGAAGCCAACUAUGGUAAGACCGGGAAGAUUCCUGUAAAGACGUGGGACUGGAAGCGCUCUCCUCCCAAUGCGCAACCCAGUGGAAUCUGGCCUGUUUCUUUGUGGGAUGAGGUUAUCCAGUUAUACUGAGAUAAUAGGUUGAAAUGGGAGAAUUCCUCUCUUGGAAAAAAAGGUAGAUAACUGUUUAAAAAGAUACAUGUCUAUUUGUCAAACAUAAGUG